AUGCAUCUGGAGCUUGGUCAAGCAGACCACCGUUUACAAGACCAAGCAAGCACAAUAAUGCUCAGGUCAACAGCACGAGUCUCCUUCGAUAUACGCUGCUCAUGCUCGUCCUUUCUGUUUUUGCUCGCUUUGACAGCCCUAAAUAAGAAAUCGCCUAACAGGCACUUUAGUUCCUCUAACAAGCUUGUUCUUGCUUGUACAAUGGACUCUUUAGCUUGUGCGCACAAGCAGACUUCUAGUACAAUAUCUUUACCUACGUUAAGCGCUAGGUGUAAGCGCACAGCGUCUGUAAGCGUUAAUUAUCUUAUAUCUCCUUCUUAA